UAUAACAUAUCCAAAACCCUAAAACGCAAACACUAAGAUAACUAUUUCUUGAAAUUAAUAAUGUCGUCGAGAGGAUUCAACAUUAAAGCUAGAGGAUUAUGUAAUAACAACAACGGAGGAGGAGGAACGGGGGCGAAGUGUGGACGGUGGAAUCCAACGGUGGAGCAAGUGAAGCUUCUGACAGAUCUGUUCAAGGCGGGACUGCGAACACCGAGCACGGACCAGAUUCAGAAGAUCUCUAUGGAGCUGAGUUUCUACGGUAAGAUUGAGAGCAAGAACGUGUUCUAUUGGUUCCAAAACCAUAAAGCUAGAGAGAGACAAAAGUGCCGGAAAAUCUCCACCGUCAAGUUUGAUCAUCGUCAAGAUACAGAUCUUUCUAAGCCUCGCCGAGACAACGUACGUCGUCAUCAACUACCAGCGAAAGGUUAA